GAACAGGAGCUGCCAGCAAGUUGGGGUCGGUCGCACUGGAGAGACAUAGACGGAUAGACGGGAAAGGAGUCACUCAGCAGAACCUCAAGCUUCCAUCAGACCUUCGCUCUCAAAGACCAACAAUUCCAUCCUGAAACCGCAGUAAUCUCAAGUGCCAACCACGCAGCCGCCAAAAUGAAGUUCACAAUCACCCUCGUCGCCAUGGCCGCUCAGCUCGCCGGCCUCGCCGCCGCCGUCCCGGCCACCACGGAGCCCGCCGACUGCGGCGAGCUCGGCGUGCUGGAGUGGAAGCCCGAGGACUUCAAGGACAGGCCCGACGUCGACCUCGGCGCCAUCCGCAAGUGCAAGGAGCCCUUCGCGCCCGGGAAGCAGCCCCACGAUCCCCGCGCCGCCUCCAGCGCCAAGCGCGACGACGACCUCCUCGGCAACCCCCUGCACAAGCGUGCGUGCUGGUACGGCAAGGAGUUCGGCUGCACCGACGGCCACUGCUGGAAGAAGUGCGGCGACGGUCCGUGGUGCUGGACUGCUCGCAACGGCGGCUUCGGAGGCUGGUACACCUGCGGCAAGGACAGCGACUGCAACACUGGCCAGUCGUGCAGCCAGUCCACGAGCGGCUGCAAGGCGUGCGGCUGCAGCUGCUAGAGUUUUUCGCCACGCCAGCACCCGGAGAACGGCAUGACCGAAGCUUGCAGUGCUUCUGCGAACGCCUGCCACUUCUGGUCUCGAUCAGCAGCUCUCGGCCCGUCCAGUCAACAGUUUCGUCGC